GGGAGCGAGGAGGAAUCGGUCCAGCAUCUCUCGGAGCGGCGGAGCGACGCGGAGGACGGACACGCACACACACGCGCGCACACACACAUCCGCUAAAAUGAGGGGAUUUUAACUCGAAACGCUGGAUUUUUAAAAAACGUGGAUUUUUGGGGUAAAGACUGACCCUCCUCGCCUGCCGUAGAUCCGACUUUAUUCUAUCAAUGAGAAAUGCGGAGUGGCUCAACCGCCCGGUGGUAACGCAGAAAAAGCCAAGAUGAAGAAGCAGUUCAACCGGAUGAGACAGCUCGCCAACCAAAGCGUGGGCAGGGCUGAAAAAACCGAAGUGUUAAGUGACGACCUACUACAGGUGGAGAAACGCCUGGAGCUGGUGAAGCAGGUCUCCCACAGCACGCACAAGAAGCUGACGGCCUGCCUGCAGGGCCAGCAGGGCGUGGACGUGGACAAGAAGUCGGUCCGGUCGCCCUCGAAGAAGCUUCCUCUCACAACACUAGCACAAUGUAUGGUGGAGGGGGCCGUGGUGCUCGGGGACGAGUCCCUACUCGGGAAGAUGCUGAAGCUGUGCGGCGACACGCAGGACAAACUGGCCCACGAGCUCAUGCUGUUCGAGCUCACCAUCGAGAGGGACGUGGUGGAGCCGCUGUACGACCUGGCGGAGGUGGAGAUCCCAAACAUCCAGAAACAGAGGAAGCAUCUAGCGAAGCUGGUGCUGGACAUGGACUCCGCCCGCACGCGGUUUUAUCAGUCCACCAAGUCUUCAGGACUCUCCGGCAACCUGCAGCCAUCCGGAGCCAAGGCCGACCACCACCGGGAGGAGAUGGAGGAGGCGGCCAACCGCAUGGAGAUCUGUAGAGACCAGUUAUCGGCAGACAUGUACAGUUUUGUGGCCAAAGAGAUCGACUACGCGAGCUACUUCCAGGCGCUGAUCGAGGUCCAGGCGGAAUACCACAGGAAGUCGUUGGAGCUGCUGCAGAGUGUGUUGCCCCAGAUCAAAGCUCACCAGGAGACCUGGGUGGAGAAGCCGUGCUACGGGAAGCCAUUAGAGGAGCACUUAGCGCUCAGUGGGAGAGAUAUUGCCUUCCCCAUCGAGGCCUGUGUCACCAUGCUGCUGGAGUGUGGCAUGCAGGAGGAGGGUUUGUUCAGAGUCGCUCCCUCGGCCUCCAAGCUGAAGAAGCUGAAGGCGUCUUUGGACUGCGGCGUGUUGGACGUUCAGGAGUACUCUGCAGACCCUCACGCCAUCGCAGGAGCUCUGAAGUCCUACCUGCGGGAGCUCCCCGAGCCGCUGAUGACGUACGAGCUCUACGACGACUGGAUCCAGGCCUCCAACAUUCUAGAUCAAGACAAGAGGCUGCAGGCUCUCCUGAACGCCUGUGAGAAACUCCCCUCGGCCAACAACAACAACUUCAAGUAUUUGAUCAAAUUCCUCUCCAAACUGACCGAAGACCAGGAUUCGAACAAGAUGACGCCCGGAAACAUCGCCAUCGUCCUGGGACCGAACCUGCUGUGGAUGCACAACGAAGGCGACAUCACGGAGAUGAUGACCACGGUUUCGCUGCAGAUCGUCGGCAUCAUCGAGCCCAUCAUCCAGCACGCCGACUGGUUCUACCCCGGAGAAAUCGAGUUCAACGUCACGGGGAACUACGGGAGCCCGGUGCACACCAACCACAACGCCAACUACAACUCCAUGCCGUCACCGGACAUGGAGCUGAUGGAGCGGAGGCAGAACGACCAGAGCCGGAGGCCGCUCAGCGUCGCCACGGACAACAUGAUGCUGGAGUUCUACAAGAAGGACGGCACGCUGAAGAACAAGGAGCUGUCUCCGGUGAUCGGACAGAAGGGACUCCAGGCGGCGAUGACCUCUGACCACAGCCCUCUCACCCUGAGGAGAGCGAAGAAGCUGGCCCCGAUCCCCCCCAAAGUCCCGUACUGCCAGUCGGGGGCCAUGUCCGACCAGUCGACGGGUCAGCCGUCUCCGGUCAGCCUGUCGCCCACUCCCCCCAGCACCCCGUCCCCGUACAGCUUCAGCUACCCGCAGGGCUACGCCACCAUCGGCUCCCCGGGGCAGAUCCAGAUGGCCGCCACCCCGUCCCUCUCCUCUCCGUCCUCGCUGGCGGGGACUCUGACCAAGACCCGGCCGACCCCCAAGCCGCCCCGGCAGAGGCCCAGCCUACCGCCCCCUCAGCCCCCCAGCACGCCCGGCACCAGCCCCCAGCCUCUGGACCACUCGACGGGCCUCCUGGACGGUUUGUCUCCCGGGGAGAGCAUGUCCACAGAUUCUCUCUGCAACUUCGACAUCCCCAUCAUCGACCUGGACCUGGACGGUAUUUUUGACCUGCCCCACAUCUCCACCUUCAGGAACUCAAUGGCGCCGUUUGAAUCCACCGACGGCCGAGCGGAGGAGGAGGAGGAGGAGGAGGAGGAAGAGGAAGAGUCCGACAGCACGGUGCUAUGA